AUGUUGGACAUGUUUUAUGGGCUGCAAAUUUUCAUGUGGACUAUCAUCAUCGUAAUCGUUUUGGGUAAAUUCAUAGUCUUGGUUAGCGCUGAAUCAGUCCAACAUGCGGCAGUCAGUCCGGAGAAAUACUAUGGCCAUGGAGCUUUGAAUUACAGCUUGUCAAAUAGUCGAGUACUUUAUGGCACGUCUGAACAAAUCGGCGAGAUUCAAGAGUUGGUGUCUGCGGAGGGGAAGAAUACAAAUGAAAAACUGUUACAAAACCACGGAAUUACUGACAGGAAACCAGAUGUGUUAAAUGGAGGAAUGGAAAUACCAGCACAUAUUGUAGCAAGUAAACUAGUCAAAGAAGACAGGUUACACAUUGCUACAAGUGAAGAGCAACUAUUAAAUCGUAAUGAAGUAUUUAACAGUGCGAAAGGAAAACACAAAAAGAGAAGCCCAAUCGCCGUAUUGACUAAAUAUAAUCGGACUGACAUUUGGAAUCUUUUAUUUCGAGGUUUUCAUCACGGAAUCAGUGAUACGAGUAAGGGCUCUGUUGUAGCUUCUAGUCCCAAACAAACUAAGAUGCCACUAAAGCUUGUCAGAAUAAGAAAAAGAGAUGCAAGUAACAGGAAAAAUAAUCACUCGCCAGACAAAAAACCCAGUAGUAACAAUACCAUAUCGACACAACAUCAGUUUUCUUUUAACGACAGUUGGAAAGAAAAUGUUGCUGCUGUAGAUGAUAUAGAUAAGAAUGUUGUGGAAAUACCUAAUGUUGAUGUUAAUCUGUCUCGCCGGCAACGACAAGUGCCAUCAGUUGUGGUACCUAUAACUAGUAACAGAAACACCAGGGCUAGAGAGGAAGGGGAUGUUAUCAUCGGCGCCAUAUUUCCCCUUCACAAUUCACCUGCUGUGAACAACACGUACAGCCGCCAGUGUGGUCUGAUCUGGGAAACCUACGGGAUACAGCGCGUAGAGGCAUUUCUGAUGGCGGUUGAGAGUAUUAACAGAAAUCCUUUAAUCCUUCCACACGUCAAACUAGGAUGGGACAUCAGAGAUUCGUGCUGGUAUUCUCCAAUCGCACUGGAAAACAGCAUUGAUUUCAUCAAAGACGCCAUUGCUAGUCAAUCCAACAUCAACAACGCGAAUCCAUCAGUGCCACCUUCAACGGGAAACGACUCGCCUGCGAAUUGUAGGGGCAAUAAGCACUUGAAGCCAAUUAUCGGACUUGUGGGACCUGGCUCUAGUGAAGCUACAAUACAGGUUCAAAACCUGUUGCAGAUUUUCAACAUACCUCAGAUAGGCUACUCGGCCACCAGCCAUGACCUUAGCGAUAAGAACCACUAUAGGUACUUCCUGCGAGUGGUUCCCCCUGAUUCCUACCAGGCUCAAGCAUUGGUUGACAUUCUACUCAAAUGUAACUGGACUUACGUGUCUACUGUACAUACUGAUGGUAAUUACGGCUUAAAAGGGAUAACAGAAUUCACGGAUUUAGCCAAAUCAAAAGGAAUCUGUAUUGCUGUGUCAGACGGCGUGGCAGGUUCAGCUUCAGAUGAAGAAUAUGAUAACAUCUUGGCGAAACUGCUUGAAGACCAGAAUGCGUCUGUUGUAGUUUGCUUCUGUGAAGGUGAAACUGUGCUAAACCUCUUUCGUGCAAUUAAAAGGAGACGGAUGGAGCGGAGACUUUUGAUCAUUGGCAGUGAUGGCUGGGGUAAUCGUAUGGACGUUGUAACAAACCUGGAGGUGCAGGCAGCGGGAGCGAUUUCCAUCAUGUUUCACUCACCACAACUGAAGGAUUUCAGACAGCAUUACGAGAAUCUGAAGCCACACAACAACAGCAAAAACCCGUGGUUCAGCGAGUUUUGGGAAGAACGAUUCCAGUGCUCGCUGGAUGGAAAUAACAUGAAUAAAUACCAUAAACGGUGUUGGG